AUGAAUCAAUCGUUUCUUACAUUGCAACAAUUUGUACAAUUCAAGACCGACGAUGAGCAUGUCAAUGCUGUUAUCAAAAUAUCACGAUCAGUAAGUGAAAUUGACAACGUUUACCACCACACAGCAUAUGAAACAAUUCAAGACGGUGGCAGUGCAGUGGACUCCGUGGAGGUCGGGUGUAAUUUCUGUGAAGACUAUCCAUCUGGCUGUCGAUAUAGCGUGGGAUACGAAGGAACGGUUGAUGAGGACGGUGAAGCCACUCUGGAUGCCAUGAUAAUGGACGGAAUUACCCAUGAUGCCGGUGGCGUUGGCGGGUUACGUCGAGUAAAAAGAGCAAUAUCCGUUGCCAGGGACGUCAUGGAUCACACCAAACAUUCCUUACUCGUUGGAGACCAAGCUACGGACUUUGCAAGAGAUUUUGGAGAAUUCGCAGAAGAGGAUUUUGACUCGGACGUUAAUGAGCAACUCCACGAAGAGUGGGAAGAAGCGGAUUGUCAGCCAAACUUCUGGGAGAACGUUACCCCUGAUCCAACAACACAAUGUGGACCCUAUUCACCCAUAGAAGAGAGUGUAUCGUCUAAAACUGUGACUGGUCCUGACAAUCAUGAUACUAUAGGAAUGGUGGUGAUCGAUGUUGACAGUAACGUGGCGGUUGGUACGUCAACAAAUGGACUUGAUCAUAAAAUACCGGGCCGUGUUGGAGACUCGCCCAUCAUUGGUUCCGGUGCAUACGCUGAUAACGAAGUUGGUGGCGCUGCAGCCACUGGCGAUGGGGACAUAAUGAUGAGAUUUCUCCCCAGUUACCAAGCCGUUGAAAAUAUGCGUCAUGGUAUGACUCCAUCUGAAGCAUGUGACGAGGCCCUCAGUAGAAUUGCUUAUCGAUAUGAAGACUUUAGUGGCGCUGUAAUCGCAGCCAAUCUAUUGGGCGAAUAUGGCGCUGCUUGCUAUGGUUAUAAACAAGUUGAAAUAACGGUUAUGAACCCGUCAAUGGAAAAAGAAGAAUUUAUAGACAUCGUCUGUGACGUAGUAGGCAAGCAGCCAGCAACGAGGGACUUAUUAGUUAAUUGCCCGAAUAGUCUCAGUGCAACCAUAGGAAGCUAUUGUGUUUUUCUUGGAUGUCUCUACCAUGAUAGGAAAUGGAAUAUUAGAGUUAGAGGAUGUCUUCUGAAAGAUGUCGCGCUUGGUAUUGGUAUUAACAGACUGUAUUAUACAGGAAUCGAGCCAUUCAGAAUUCUGUGUCAUUACUGA